AAAAAAAAGGAAAAAAAAAUCAACCUCAUCUAACCUACAGAGCAGAACCAAACCCCAGAAAAGGGCAAUGAUCGAUCAGUCCGAGAAGUAAAACUUAGGGAGGAAAGGAAACUAUGCCCACUAUAUAAAACACUGAGCUUGCUUGUCUUAUGGUUCUUUUGGGUACUAAGAGUUGAGUCUCAUGAGUGAUUAGGGGGAAGAUUUCUCUGCAUUUUGAUUUGCCUUGGGGCUCUCAGGUAGAAUGGAAACGCUCUUGAUCUCGAAAGCCGAUGCGGGUCUCCGAUUUCUUGAAGAUUCGAGCUUCGGGGAUUUCGUUUUGUGGCGGGAGCUCCACUGCGAAGGGGAUUCACAGACCUUCCCGAUGAGCCCCUCUUCUUGAAAUUCACGGAAUCCGAUGAUAAUUUUCCAGUAGGUUUCGUCGUCGUUGUUAUCGUCUUUGAAAUUCUUUGAUUCUUUGGUGUAUUUAGUUUUUCUUUUAUCUGGGCAUAUUCUUGAAUUUGGAUCAUAUAGGCAAAGAUCACACAUUUACACACACAAAGGUUUCUCUUUUCUCCUCUAUCACUCAUCGGAUUCCUCUUCUGCUCUGUUUCGAAAAUUCACACACACUCACUCACAUAGGCUGUCUCUCUUAGAUACACACAUACAUAUCGAUUAGACAACAAAGGAACAGCAAAUACAUUGCAAUACUUUGUGUUUUUUUCAUUGAAGGAUUUUGUUUUGUCGAGAGAGAGAGAGAGAGAUAGUAGAGGAGAUAAGAUUGCAUAACAUAGGAAGUGGGUGAAUUGAAGAUAGGCUUAGCAGAAACUAAGAAAAUUAUUUCGAGGAAGGGAGUAGAGGAUGUUGGCGGGGUGUUCGAGUUCCACCCUGCUGUCACCGAGGCAUAGAUUGAGGACCGAGUCGCCCGCACAGUUCCCAGCCUGCCAUUUUCAGCUGCCCACUUCGAUGAACACGCAGAGGUUGGAUUUGCCAUGUAGCAACUUUUCCAGGAAGGACGCGGCCUCUACGCGGUCGCAGUCCAUUAGGCCAGUCGGGGUCGCGAUAUCUGUGGAGAAGCCGAUCGAGGCGAAGAAGGCUGCGAGCUGUUCUCUCAAGCAGCACAUCAGGCUGCCCCCACUGACCACGGCCGCCCCUGCUGUGGCGGUGGCGGCUGCUGCAGGAACCGCCACAAGUGCCUUUGUGGAGUCCAGGAAGGGUGGGGAGCUCUGGGAGAGAGGAGGGAAGAAGAAGAAUCUGAAGAGGUUUGCUGAGGAGGAAGACGAGUCACGUGUCAUCAGGGCGAAGAGGAAGAGGAGCGGUGAGAAGGUGGAUGAGUUCGGGGAGGAUGAUUGCGGAGGAGGAGACGCGCUGAGCAUGGCCCAGUUGGGCGGCGGAGGUGGUGGGAGUUUCUGGUUUCAGCCGAGCUUUACUACCGCCCCUACGGUCCCAUUCUCCAUCACGUGCUCAGGGGAAGGAGAGGAUCGCGCCUGUUUCAUCCCCGGUGAAGUUGUCUCGCCCCGCCUGCCGGUUUCGAGCAUCCCCUGGGUGGACUCCGUUGUGACAGAGAUCACCGAUCUUGGGGAGAAGGAUGGGGAGACAACCAGUCAUCGGCCCUCGCCCAUGCCGGGGAAGGAAGCUUCAGGGGGAUCAAGCACUUCGUCGGAGAGUCACCAGAGCCUCACGCUAAGGUUGAACGAGGCUGCCACCUCCGAGCACAAAGUCGGUAACGGCUCUUCUAGAAACCCGUACCAGGAAGCCCGUGAGGAGGAGGAGAAUCAAGGAGAGUACAGAGGGUUCGAGUUCGAGCUCGUAAGCUUGCUUACUGCCUGCGUGGAAGCCAUCGGGUCGAAGAACAUCCCCGCGAUCAACCACUUCAUUGCCAAGCUUGGCGAUCUCGCAUCCCCGAGGGGACCUACCAUUAGCCGGCUCGCAGCAUACUACACAGAAGCCUUUGCCUUGAGAGUCACGAGGCUCUGGCCCCAUAUUUUCCAUAUCACGAUGCCCCGGGAGCUCGAUCGGGCGGUGGAUGAUGACAACUCCGGGGCUGCCUUGAGGCUUCUGAACCAGGUUAGCCCGAUCCCCAAGUUUGUCCACUUCACGUCCAAUGAGAUCCUCCUGAGGGCAUUCGAGGGGAAGGACAGGGUCCACAUCAUCGAUUUCGACAUCAAGCAAGGCCUCCAGUGGCCUGGGCUGUUCCAGAGCUUGGCUUCUCGGGCUAAUCCCCCGAGCCACGUGAGGAUCACUGGGAUUGGGGACUCAAAGCAGGAGCUCAUCGAGACAGGAGAGAGGCUUUCUUCAUUUGCUGAGGCACUAAACCUUCCCUUCGAGUUUCACCCGGUCGUGGACCGACUCGAAGACGUGAGGCUCUGGAUGCUCCACGUGAAGGAAGGCGAAUGCGUCGCUGUCAACUGCAUAUUCCAGCUGCAUAAGACACUUUACGAUGCGAGUGGAGGAGCACUUCGGGACUUUCUAGGACUUGUUCGGAGCACGAACCCAGCAGUUCUCGUGAUGGCAGAGCAAGGAGCCAGGAGUAACUUCCGAUCGCUGGAAGCAAGAGUGGUGAACUCGCUCAGAUACUAUGCAGCUGUGUUCGACUCAGUAGAUUCCAGCCUUCCAAUGGAAAGCCCGGAGAGGGUCAAGAUCGAGGAGAUGUUUGCUCGGGAGAUCAGGAACAUAGUCGCUUGCGAGGGGAGUGACAGGGUUGAGAGGCAUGAGGUGUUCGAGACCUGGAGGAAGCUGAUGGAGGAGCAGGGAGGGUUCCGGUGCUUCGGGAUUACAGACAGGGAGAGACUUCAGGGGCAGAUGAUCCUGAGGAUGUAUGGCGAGUACGAGGACUUUCAAGUCGAGGAACAAGCGCAAGGUCGGGACCGGGCAGCGCUCACCCUGAGCUGGCGGGAUCAGCCUCUCUACACGGUUUCAGCAUGGGCUCCGGUCGAUCACGCGGGGAGCUCUUCGUCCUUCUCUCAGCCAAGUUGAAUUCAGUUACAUUCUUUGCACACAUCAUAUAGGUUAAGGAAAUUCUUUCAUUGUAGUUAAAGAAAAAGACUGCCAUGACUAUUUAUUAUUAUUCUUUAAUUCUUUUUGUAAGCAGAAAGAGAUAGGAUUUCGUUUGUCAUACAAAAAUGGGGUCAAAGUUGUUUGAAGAUUCUUUUGAUUCUUUGUAGUAUGAUAUUCUUUUAGUCCUGUCAUUGUUUAAUUGUCCCGUUUCUUUGUUGAAGAGUCAGACAAGUUGUAAUUGGUAAUUGAAAUGGUUCUUAUGGGAAUGAUUUCGUUUGGUCUUU